AUUUUACCUUCCAAAACGCAGCCAUUUCCGAUCCGCUGUAGUGGGAGUGGCGAGCUUUUCCCUUUCGCACUACUCCGUCCUUUCUCUCUCAUCAAAUAUCCUCUGCAAUCUAGAGAGAGAAACAGUCUGUUACUUUAGAAAUCACCUCCAAUGGCGUUGUCAGAUCCAUCUCGCAGAUCUCUCAUCCCAACCUUCCUUUAUACUCCUUCAUUGUCAGCUUCAAAGAGUCUCAUCGAUUUGGACAAUCUGACCACGAAUCGGAACCCUGUGUUGCAUUCUUCAUCCUCGUCGUCCGUUUCACCAUCACCGUCCUCUUCAUCGAGGAAGAGUUUCUUGAUUCCAGCUCCGAGCGAGCCCGGUAAGAUGACCAUGUACUCGCCGGAGUUCUACGCCGCCUGUACCUUUGGUGGUACUUUGGCCUGUGGUCCCACUCACAUGUCCGUCACUCCUCUCGAUAUGGUCAAGUGCAAUAUGCAGAUUGAUCCUGCAAAGUACAAGAGCAUUUCUUCUGGUUUUGGUAUUUUGCUCAAGGAGCAGGGAUUUAAAGGCUUCUUUAGGGGUUGGGUGCCAACCUUGCUUGGUUAUAGCGCACAGGGUGCUUGCAAGUAUGGAUUCUAUGAAUUCUUCAAAAAGUACUACUCUGACAUUGCUGGUCCAGAAUAUGCUACCAAAUACAAAACAUUGAUUUACCUCGCUGGAUCUGCAUCUGCUGAAGUAAUUGCUGAUAUUGCUCUCUGCCCCUUUGAGGCAGUGAAGGUUCGUGUUCAGACCCAGCCUGGGUUUGCCAGAGGUUUGUCUGAUGGUCUUCCAAAGUUUAUCAAGUCUGAAGGUGCUCUUGGGCUUUACAAGGGAAUUGUUCCACUUUGGGGCCGGCAAAUUCCAUAUACGAUGAUGAAGUUUGCGUCUUUUGAGACCAUUGUGGAGAUGCUCUACAAGCAUGCUAUCCCAACUCCGAAAGAGCAGUGCAGCAAUGGCUUGCAGCUUGGGGUGAGCUUUGCUGGUGGAUACGUGGCUGGUAUAUUCUGUGCGAUCGUAUCACAUCCUGCCGAUAAUCUGGUCUCUUUCCUCAACAAUGCCAAGGGGGCAACUGUUGGUGAUGCUGUGAAGCAGCUAGGCUUGUGGGGUUUGUUCACCCGUGGCCUUCCUCUUCGUAUAGUGAUGAUUGGAACCCUUACUGGAGUGCAGUGGGGUAUCUAUGAUUCUUUCAAAGUUUUUGUUGGGCUGCCAACUACUGGUGGCGUUGCUCCUCCUGCUGCCAUUGAACCUGCGAAGGUGUGAACUGCUGCGAUUAUGGUUGAUUGCCUAAAUACAAUGCUUUUGCCUUAAGACUUUGAGAGAGUGGCACUCUUUUUUGUCGGCGUAUAAUAGUCAUUCAAAAGGAUAAUUUCAAUAUUAUUUGAAAAUACAUAGGUGCAAUCAACAGAAGCCGGAAAAUGUGAUUCGAUGAUCGAGAAGAUCAUUUUUGCAACGUUUUGUAUAAAUAGAUUGAUUUAGAACCCAAGAUAGUACACAAAAUUGUUUAUCAUAAAUAUAGUAGAGUGUGUUUUUUUUUUUUUUUUUGGUUUUUUUUGGCACUUUUGCCUAUUUUUAAGUAUUUAACAGGAGAUGAAUGUAUAAUCUAUUAUAUUUUUUAUCUUAGUUAUAUUUUUGAACGA